AUGUCUCUCUUUGGGCAGACUGGCAACACCGGCGGUGGCCUUGGAGGCUCACUGUUUGGUGGCGGCACGGGAGGAACUACGGGCGGCGGACUCUUUGGACAGACACAGCAGAACCAGCAGCAGGGAGGCACGACUGGCGGAGGUCUGUUUGGACAGUCGACGCAGAAUCAGCAGCAGCAGACGGGUGCAACUGGAGCUGGAGGUCUAUUUGGAGGAGGCCUUUGCGCAAACAAACCCGCGACUACGGGUGGUCUGUUCGGUCAGCCACAGCAGCAGCAAAACCAACAACAGGCGGGAGCUACCACCGGCGGCGGUCUGUUUGGCCAGGCGAACACACAGCAGCAGCAGCAAGGCGCGACCACGGGCACGGGGCUCUUUGGUCAGCCAGCGCAAAAUGCCCAGGCCGGCACCACGGGAGGCUUGUUCGGCAACGCGCAGCAGAACCAGCCGAAGCCAUCGCUGUUUGGCUCUUCCCUCGCUCAACCCGCCACGGCAGCGAAGCCCUCUCUCUUCGGAACCGGACAGCAGCAGCAGCAACAGCAGCAGCCUCAACAAAACAUGGCGGGCUCCAUCUUGGGCGGCAACGCCCUGGGUGCGAGCGCUUUGGGUGGUAGUCUUUUUGCCAGCCAGGCUGCCAAUGGCCAAGCUCAAGCUCAGUCGCAACCCGCCGGCGCCUACUUUGACAGUCUCUUCGCAAAGAGCCAGAAGGCCGACGGCAAGUCGAAUAUGGAAGACCUCCCAAGCCUCGAGCUUGGUCUGGGUGACCUGCGCCACCGAUUGAGAAAGCUUCAGUCCAAGCCAAACGAGAAGCCUUUGGAUGGUAAGGCUCAUUACCUGCUGGCGGCAUCCGGUGUCGACCCCAGCGCCGCUGCCAAGGACCUCGGUCUUCUCGACAUUCAGACUGGUCGCGCUGAGCGAGCGACUCACGGUCCCAGCGAACUCGAUGUCGAAACCUAUCUCUCGAACCUCCAGACCAAGACAACACUCAGCAUGAUUGCCGAUGGACUCGAACGAUCGGUUCGCGACUUUGAUAACUUCCUCGAGGACAAUGUGACGAUGGAGUGGGAGGCGCAGAGGAAGCGCAUCUACCAGCACUUUGGAAUCACACCCCGCGAGGACACGGCGACUGUUGGACGCGAAUCUCAGAGCGCAUUUGGCCGUUCUAGAAGAAAGAGCACCGCUCCUUCGCGAGCUGGCAAGAGCAGCGUGCUUGGCAAGUCGACACUUCACCGCUCUGUCAUUGGAACUCCCAGCCGAAUUGGAGCCCAUCAGACAGAUUUCGCAGACGUCGACCGCUCCUCCGAGGCUGGAGGUCUGGAUGGCCGUGUGUCCUCCGACGAUCGAGUGCUUCGCGAGAGGCAGACACGUCUAUCUGAAAAGAUUCGUCAUCUCAACGCGGCUCGUAUGACGAAGCGCCCUUACCCCAUCCUCUCCGAGUUGGCAGCUGCGGAACAAAAGUCUCAUGAGCCUCACGCGCCCCAUGUUGUGGAGGCGUAUCUGGCUGUCAUGGAGAUUGUAGGCGAGAACCCCGAGGCUGAGACGACCCUCAACAACGCGACAGCCAAGGAGCGCGAGUUUGCAGACAUGUAUCUUAAUGAGAACCCCAACUCGGCCAAGUCUGUGGAGAUGAGGAAGCGCAUUCUCAGCGGCGCAAACAGAUUCCUCGAGAAGCAGUUCCUGCGUGAGGUUGAGUCGCUCAUCGCCAAGCACCCUCACGAGGCGAAGCUCGGUGGUCUUCCCGACAUUGUCAGCAAGAUCAAGGCAUACAUUCGACUACGAUCUGCCCGGAAAGAUCUUGUCCCCGACAACACUGAUCUGCAGCAGGUUCAGGGCGAGUUUGUGUGGGCUAUUGUGUUCUACCUGCUCCGCUCUGGACAUGUGAAUGAGGCAGCCAAGUAUGUCAACGACAACACCAACCAGUUCCGAGGCAUUGAUCGGACAUUUGCCACAUACUUGAACAACUACGCAGCGAGCGAGGAUCGACGUAUCACCAACAGAAAGCUUCUGGACCGUUGCACGAAUGAGUACAUUCAACGAUCACGCAACGCGCCUGAGAACUCGAUAGACCCCUUCCGCAUGGCCUGCUACAAGGUCAUUGGACGUAUCGAGCUUGGAAACCGCAACCUGGACGGACUCAACACGGACAUCAACGACUGGAUCUGGCUGCAGUUCAACCUGGCGCGAGAGGGAGACAAGACUAUCGAAAUGGCGGGAGAGUCGUACGGCUUGGCCGAGCUGCAGUCCAGCAUCCGAGAGAUUGGUCUGAAGCACUUCCCUAAGGCCAGCUCGGAGGACAGCAACGGCAGCUUCGGCAUGUUCUUCUAUCUCCAAAUCCUGUCGGGUAUGUUUGAGGAUGCCAUUGCCUACCUGUACCCCUUCUCGUAUGUGGAUGCAGUUCACUUUGGUCUGGCUCUCGAGUUCUACGGUCUGCUACGGCCGAGUGACGCGCUGUCGUCGGCCAACGACCUUCGCAGCUACAGCACCAAGAACCUACCACAGAUUAACUUUGGUCGCAUGAUCGGAUACUACACGCGAGACUUUAGGGCCGCGGAUGUUGUAUCUGCCGUAGACUACCUGACACUGAUCUGUCUCAACCGGGACCUUGGUGGUGAGGCUGGUCAGCGACACGGUAGCCUCUGCCACGAGGCGUUGCGAGAGCUGGUUCUGGAAACCCGUGAGUUUAGCAAGCUCAUUGGCGAUAUUCGACCAGACGGACAGCGGAUUCGUGGCAUUAUCGAGGAGCGCGGCCCGCUCAUCGGUCUGGAUGCUGAGGAUGACUUUGUCAACACGGUCACACUCCAGGCUGCCAGCUUUGCGGACGAGAACGGACGCACCACAGACUCGGUGCUGCUGUACCAUCUCGCCGGCGAGUAUGACACUGUCGUUGCCAUUGUCAGCCGGGCGCUGAGCGAGGCUGUCUCCAUCGAGAUCGGAGAGGACCCCAUGCGACUUAUGCCAGUCAAGCCCCGUGCUGGUGAGCAAGAGGCGGAGGCAGGCAGCAGCCUCAGCUUGGCGGCCAUCGAUGACCCGGUGGAGCUCGCCAGGACUAUGAUGAGCAUGUACGAGCGAGACGCCAUGUUCUACAGGAGAAUCCAGGAUCAGAAUAAGGUGGCCUGCCGGGUACUCCUGGAGAUGAGCAGCAUCAAGGGACUGGUGGAGGCUGGACAGUGGGCUCAAUGCCUCGACAAAAUCCGAAGCCUCGAGAUUCUGCCCCUGGACGCGGCGGGCGAUGGCAGCACAAUCCGAGCCUACGCCUCCAAGUUCUCGGGCUUAUCGCAACCUGUCUCGAUCAACGUGCCCAACCUGCUGAUGUGGACCAUCAUCUGCUGCGUCCGCCAGCGGGAGCAGCUGACGAGUGGACAGUUCAGCGGAAACGAGGGAACGCGACGGCUGAUGGUGGAGCAGCUGAAGCAGAUGACGCUGGACCUGACGACUUACACCAGCCAGCUGCGAUACCGGUUCCCGCCGCACUUGCACGAAGCUCUUGCGAGGGCAUCGGCCGAGUGA